AUGGAAGGGACCACUGGUGCGGCAGCCUCUGCGCCUGAAGAUGGUGCACCAGCGACGGGCAAUGCUGCGACAAUGGCGCUGAAGCCUUCUGCUGAGAGAGACAGAAAGAGGCUAGCACUGCGGGAGAAGAACCUUCUCACAUGGAGAGAUGGUCCCGCUACCCCCUCCGGCUCUCUAGAUAGCAGUAUGAAGAAGAAUACCGGCUUCAUCAAGAGGGUUCGGCAGGGCCUAGGGGUCGAUGCUAAAGCUCAAUUGAUCAAGGAGGCGGCCACCCUGAAUCUGGACAAGUACGUGGACGAAUUGGUCCAAGCUGUGCCAGAAGGAUUGUCAAAGUGUAUUGCCCCCAAAGACUGCAUAGCAGCAGCAGAGAUCCUAACCGAAUUGCACUCGCGCUUCAGCUCCCAGGUCUUUGCCGAGCCUCUUGCGGCCGCCAUGUUGGCUUCACUUGCUCCUCCGAAUCGCUCAGCUCUCCAGGCUCUGCCUGCUGAUCAACGAGAGCGCGAGGAGGCGGCUCGCAUAUCAAGGCAGAGGGUCAAUCUCCGCAUAUCAGCCGAGCUCGCUCUCGUGGAAGUCAUUCAGCUUCAGUCUCAUUCGCUCUCAGGGAGCAAGACGGGAGAGAGUAGUACAGCAGGCAGCAGCACUUCCCCAGGCCAAGAGUGGCUUUUCGUCGUUCUCAAGGAUCUCUUGUCCAGCGACCGAGAGCAUACAAACACAAGCAUUCUCAUCUCCCUCUUGAAAGCUUUCGGUCCCCACCUACUGGGUCCUCCACCAAGCACCGAUCAAAGCAGGCCGGAUGCAUCGGAUGCAGGUGAACCAGGUGGACAGUCAGCAGCAGAACCUGCUCGUCUUUCUGCACAGGAUUCAAUCCCGAGCUCUUCGAUUCUAGUCGACCUCAAUACCGCUAGUCGCUUCCGCAAGCUUUGCGAAACCUACUUUGCAACGCUGUGCAAGCGGAUUGUUCGAGAGCAUGAGCGUCUCCAAGAGCAAGACAGACGUAACCACGAAGCAUACAUCAAGUCGGGAGAAAUCUUCGAGGACCGACAGCAAAAUUAUGAGAAGAUGACUAAAGCCUUCGAGAGAGCACUGGACAGCGGGAAGAGCUUGUCUGAGCUCUUGGGCGUGCCAAUGCCAGAGCUCACGGACUCGUCAAAGUCUGCUUCGACUGGGCUAGCUAUCAACAUGGAUGCGUCUUCAUCACUGCGGAGCAAUGACAGAACGGAAGAGGACUUUGCCGUCGGAAAAUCUCCUUGGGAAGACGACGACACGAGGCGGUUUUACGAAGACAUCCUCGAUCUCAAAGAUGUCAUACCGCCGGCACUCCUUGGAGUGAGCCGUGAGGCGCCGGAAGAUAGGAUGGAGGACAACCUGAUCAGUCCCCAGCUAAGUCCUGCGCUAGAGCAGCGGGAGUUCAAUCCCGUGGGAGGGCAGGAUUCGUCAGCCGCCUCUCCUGAUCUGAAUGUCCGCAAAGGGCCCACUGUUGACGAACAGAUGCAAGCUGGACCUGCUGCGCAGCUCAACGCUCUCCUAGCUCGAUUACCCGACUCGACCAAUCGGGCGCUGAUCGACAGCGCUGCCGUUGACUUUGCUUUGAUGAACUCCAAGGCUGCUAGAAGGCGACUCGUCAAGCAGCUCGCCUCGGUGCCUCGCCAUCGCACUGAUGUGCUCUCUUACUAUGCUCGCUUGGUGGCUACACUAAAUCCUUACAUGCCUGACGUCGGCAAGGGAAUCGUCGAUACGCUAGAUGAAGAAUUUCGCUGGCUGCAGAAGAAGAAGACUACCGAGUUGAGCGAGAGCAGAGUAAAGAAUGCUCGUUUCAUUGCUGAGCUGACCAAAUUCGGUGUCACGCCACUCCACACGAUCUUCCACUGCUUCAAAGUCUGCCUCGAUGACUUCUCCGGACCCAACAUCGAGGUCCUUGCGACCCUCGUGGAGUAUUGUGGUCGAUUUCUCUUGCGUACAGAGGCGACUGCCGAGAGGAUGCGUAGUCUGCUUGAGAUGAUGCGGAGGAAGCGCGCGGCGAAGAACUUGGAUCAUCGACAGGUCCUUCUUCUAGACAACGCAUAUUAUCAGUGCAAUCCACCAGAGCGUAAAGUGGUACAAGUAAAGGAACGCUCUCACAUGGAGCUCUACCUUCGUCAUCUAAUCUACGACGAGCUCAACCGCCGAACGGUGGGCAAGGUCGUCAAGCUACUCCGCAAAAUACAAUGGUCGGAUCCGCAGAUCCAGACGAUCUUGUUCGAACUGUUCACGAGAGUAUGGCGGAUCAAAUUCAGUCACAUCCACCUUUUAGCUGUUCUACUAGCAGAUCUACAGCCUUACCAUCAGGACUUUGUCAUAUCGAUCAUCGAUCAAGUCUGUGAAGACAUCAGGUUUGGCAUGGAGACAAACUUGUUCAAGUUGAACCAGCGCAGGGUCGCCAUGGUCGUCUACCUUGGCGAGCUUUACAAUUAUCGUCUUGUCUCCUCCGGUAUCAUCUUCGAUCAACUGUGGACAUUCAUCACUUUCGGCCAUCCCAAUGGUCGCCCACUGCCGGGCCAAGUCGCAAACAUGGAUGCACCAGACGACUUCUUCCGUCUGCGACUGGUCUGCUCACUAUUGGACUGCUGCGGAAUUUGCUUCGACAAAGGUAGUCUGAGGAAGCGCUUGGAUGAAUAUCUGGCUUUCCUCAAUCUGUACGUCUUGUCGAAAGACCAGCCACUGCCGAUGGACAUUGACUUCAUGCUGUCAGACACGCUGGAGAUUAUCCGCCCUAAGCUUUUGCUCAAGAAAGACUGGGACGAGGCUGCCAGGGUGGCCGACGAGAUCAUGGCACGUCAAAAAGCGAAGGUCAGCGCUAGAACGAGCAAAGCCGAGCCACAGCCACAAGAGAUUCACGAAGAGGAGAGCGACUCCGAUUCUGAUGAUUCCGAUGCAGAUGAUCGCGAGGGUGAGGAAGGAGAAGGCGGUGAACGCAAAAGGGUCAGACCGAGGAACGAAGUCGACCGAGAAGAGGAGGGGAUCGCAGAUGAAGAGGGCAGCGAUUCGGACGACGAGAACGGGAGCAGCGAUGAAGAUUCCGACGCUACCGCAAGAGCAAGUGUCGACGAUGAGGAAGAGGAGGACGAACACAUGGUCAGACGAAAGGCUCAGCAAAGUCAAGCAGAGCUUGAGGCGGAGGAAGAGUUCGCCCGAGAACUCGCCAAGAUGAUGACGGAAGGUCACUCUUCCACCUCCGCUAGCGCUGUAGGCGGCGGUGGCAUUGCCUCUCGCGGCAACCCUUCGCAGCAGUCUCGCUCCCUCUUUGAGCAAGGGCUACCCUUCAUUCGACGCAGUGCCAAUGGCAACGACGCCACGCAGUCUUCAGCAAACGGUGGGAGCGCCAUAGGCGAAGGUCAGAUGCGCUUCGAUCUCCUCACCAAGCGAGGCAAUAAAGUCCAGACGAGUGCUUUGCAUCUUCCCAGCGAUUCGGCAAUUGCGAUUACGACGCGGGAGAAGCAGAUGAAGGAAAUGCAGGAGCGCAAAUUGCUCAAGGAGUACGUGUUGGGGUACGAAGGGAGGGAGGAAUCGGAGGAGAGGAUGGCGCUGGAGCAGAGCCUUGGCAAAAGGGGCUUCAAAGUGAGGCCGGGACAAGGACAGAGGUGA